CAGUACACCGAUACACAUAUAUGUACAGGAUCUAACUAUACAUUUCCGCAUUUUUUUCUUGGCCUGCUGCCGCACACGUGGGUCAAGUGCGGAAAUAUGCGGCUAACACGCAGUAUCCUGCGCGGAUACUGUCUGGGAUGGACACUGUUAUUAGCCGUCCAUGUGCCGCUGACACAAUGGGAUUAUAAACGACUGCGCUUUGUGGAAGAUAAGGGUCUUGUGAAAACCGGCUUCAGGAAAGGGGAGAAACUGGCUAAAUUCAAGGAUAAACAACGUUCCGCGGAGGUGAACCAUUCCAGUGAUAAUCAGCUGGAUAAUUUUCUGGAUUACGACCUCAUUGAAGUAUUUCGGACAGAUGCGGUGGCCAGUGCGGAAGACGGCAUGGGAUUCUUGGCCGUGGGUGGCCGGCACUGUCCAGGAGAGUGUAUUCGCGGCUUAUCGGGUCUGUGUAUCUGUCCGCCGGCAACCGCCGCGACGCCGCCGGCGAAGACGCCGGACAGCGCCGGCACGGCUCGUGUUGCUAAUAAGACAUCGAGCGACGUUACCACAUCCGGCGGGGAGUCCUCGCCCACGGCAACUUCACCCCGGUCCGGUCGUCACAAUAACCAGCUCGUCCAUCUUGACGCCAUGACCGACAGCCUGUCGGCGUCAUCGAUGACCACAUCGCGCAAUCGGCGCCGGUAUAAGCGCGACGAUGAAGAUGAGGAAGAUCACAAGCUGUGUAAAUGCCGGCGCUGUACGAAGCUGUUCAAACGCACUUUAUACUGCCGGGUUUUUCCAUGCUAUCAGAAGAAAUGUAAAAGCGGCGAAUGGAGGGAACCGCAUCAUUAACCAUCCACAAGCGGUUAUCCAACCCGUCCCACUGGAUUGUGGGAUGUAAUUUUAACUAUUUUUAUUUUUAUACUGAGGUUUUUAAUUAAUAUUUUGGACGUUGUACAUGAUUGUCGCCUGUGUAAUUUUCCGCUGGAUAUAAACGACCCAUUUGCCUCAACCGAACACUGCGUAGCUGAUUUCGCUGCUGGGUAACCCUAUGGAAAAGAAAAAACUGGGAACUCAAGGGACUUGAACCCUUAACCUUUCGAUCUGGAGUCGAACGCGCUACCAUUGCGCCAGAGCUCCUUUGUUCGAUUACGUAAUAAUGACGCAUGCAACAGACGUCACGCUUAGUCAGAACUGGCGGUUUUCUAGUGGUUAGUACUUUCUCAUCAAAAAGGUCACAACGCGUUGUUCUCUAAUUGCCGCCAAACCAACACCUUUGCAAAUUGU